CGUGGCAAAUUUCCCCGUGGUUUCUGGCGAAGAAGACCGCGCGUAGGAGGUUCUCUGCCUCAGCCUUCGCCAAUCACUCCUCCAUGGUCUAGGUUACGGCUUCUGAGGAUUUACCGUGUCAAAGAUUCUAGCCAUGGCGGCAAAAUUUCUGUCUCUGUGCUUGCUUCUAUGCUUUGGUGUCCGCUUGUCCUUUUCUGGGCAAUCCUUCUCCAUGGAAUCAGUUCCUGACCUUCAGAAGUCUAUGUACAAGGUUGUUGAUGGAUAUCCUUGUGUGCGGCUACUAAGUCUUUCUGGACCAAUUGGUUGUUCCAAUCCUGGACGAGACAAGGUUGUUGCCCCAAUAGUGUCAUUCAAAAAUGCUAAUCAGCUGUCAAAGUCAUCUGCUGUACUGGUGUCAUUGGAUGAGUUUGAAAGUCUCUUAACAAGAAUAUCUGCUGAUUCAAACUUUGCAAGUAAGGUUGCUGGGGUGCUAGUUGAGUCAGGAGCUGGAGUGCAGAAUAAGUUGAAGGGAUUCUCUCCAGACCUAAAGUUUCCUCAAGUUGAAUUUGCUCCUUACCAUAACACUGGAUAUCAAUGGAAUCCAACUGGUUCUGCUAUCAUGUGGAAAUCCUACGAUUUUCCUGUUUUCCUACUCUCAGAUAGGAGCACAGAGACUCUUCAUGAGGCUGCAAUCAAGAAUGAGAACAACAGGAAACAUUAUACAGCUAAUGUGGCUGAGUUCGAUCUGGUUAUGCAGGUAACGAAAUCUGGAAAUCGUGGUUCAGAGUCUUGUUUGAAAGAAGCUACUUGCCUCCCUUUAGGUGGAAUACAG